CAUGUAAAAAAUCAAGUUUUCCUCAGUGAAUAGUAAAUCAACAUAAAUUUUUAUUGAUGUUUGGUAAAAAUCACAUUGUUCUUUAUUUAUCAUGUUAUUGUUAUGCAGUUAGACCCGCACGUGUUAUAAAGGAUGCCGUCGCUGAGGAUUGAUCAGAGCGAUCUGAAGUGCAAGAAUGGCUGCGACUAUUUUGGUAAUCCACAAUGGCAAGGGUAUUGUUCGAAAUGUCAUCGGGAGCAGCUUCAGAGGCAAAGAAGGGCAGAAAAGGCCUCGUCAGCGACGUUACCCCAACCGGAGCAGAAGAAGCCAGAAAGGGGACUCAGGCUCGCUUCCCAGUCGUUCUCCAAGUUCGAGGAAAAGCGGCUACGGCAGAGCGAGACUUUGAAGAAGGCUCUGAAGUUUAGCGUCUUCAAGAAGAGUAGCACAGAUGAACAAGAGCACACGCCGGAGCGCAAACCGCCCGAGUUCAAAAUACCCGGUAUGGUGAACGAGGGCAUGAAGCGCGAGUUCCGGGUUCGGUUCCCGUCGCUACCCGCGCAGGUGGACCGCGACUCACGCGUAUUCGUCCACAACUUCAUCAUGGACGUGAUCAAGUGCUCUAACGUUAUGGCGGUGGACGAGUUGUCCGAAAGAGUGCAGAGACACUAUCAGCACUUCAUGAAGUACAUGGAUACGUCGCCGCACUUCGCGAACACGGAGUCAGAAACGAAGGAACUCCUUAUUGACUUUGUUGAGAAGCACGCCAUGACUUACUUACACGAUCUGCCGGGCGUGGUGUUCUCGCCGGGCGGCACUGAAGACGAACGUCUCGACAGAGCCAUGUCCGAGCGAAUACAACAGCUUAGCUGGGUUGGGAAGAGACACCUGGAGUGCAAGCUCGACCGCGCCAACAUUGCUGGCUGCCAACCGCUGUACAAGGCUAUUAGUGAGCUGCUGGCAAUGGACGGCGCGCCGUCGCCGGGCGGAAAGUUGUCGCGCGUGCGUCGCGCGUGUCGCCACGUGCUUGCGCUGUGCGGCGCGCCCGCAUCCGCCGACGACCUGCUGCCCGCGCUCAUAUUCACCGUGCUGAAAGCGAACCCGCCGCGUCUCGUCAGCAACAUAAACUUCGUGACCCGCUUCUGCAACGCACAGCGCCUCAUGACCGGAGAGGGGGGUUACUACUUCACCAAUCUGUGUUGCGCAGUAUCGUUCAUCGAGAACUUAACAGCUGAGUCUCUGAAUAUGGACAAGAAGGAGUUCGACUGCUACAUGGCAAUGCCGGCAUCUAUCGGCGGCAGUACGUGGGCCGCAGCGUUAUCUCUGUGCGGUGCGGUGCGCGAGGCGGAUGAGCAAAAGUUGCAGGCUGAAAAGCUCAUGGAGGAAGUCAAGACCUUGAGGGCUCAAGCGCACCAGCUGGCGGCAAAUGCUGAAACGUUUGAGAAAGAAAUAGCCAACAAGGUUCAAGAUGUAUUGGCGAAAACACCACUAGAAAUAAAACCACGGCGAAUACCUCCAAGGCUCGCGUCGUUAAGAAACUCUACCACCCCUCUCAUUGACCUAGAACUUGAACCAACCGUGCCAACGCAACAAGACGCGUCGCAGUUUCAAAACUUGGAAAUAAAUAUUGUUAAUCCAAUACAGAAACAGGAUAUAAAUGAUAUUAAUCCAAUUCCAGAUAACCUUAUGCCGGAUAAAAAUCCAGCGACACAGAUACCGGAAAUUGCAGAAAAUACUAGAGUCUCUCAACUUGAAGUAUCAGAAAAAAAUCCAGUCCCACUAACUCAAGAACUGGAUAAAACGACAAUUCCACAGAUCGAAAUUCCAACAGUAAGUAGAGUUCCAGAAAUCGAAAUCGCAGGUAUAAGUAGAGUUCCAGACGUCGAAUCAGCAGAAAUUAGUAGUGUCCCAGAUAUAGAAAUUAUUGCAUCCAAACAAGUUCAAGGACCAGUGAUGGUGACCAUCGGUCAGAUGGAUAGUGAUGAAAUUCUAGAUUUCCACACCAUGGAGAAAUCAUCACCGAGAUCACCACACAAAAUGCCCUGGGAACUCAAACGCACUGGCUCCUUUGAAGUACUAACUCCUUCACCUCUUGGCUUCACUCCGUUUGAUUCUAGAUCCAUUGACGAACUGAUGACACCUGAUGAAUUUGGUUCGGAGAACUUAGCUCCCGGACUAAGUAAUAUCAACUAUGAUAUUGACUUAUCCGACUUCAGCGGUGACAACAGCUUGGCAGAUGACCCACCAAAGCCAAAAGACCCUUUCUCCCCGGACGGUUUGAAAAAAGAUCCAAUUUUCGACCCAUUCAGUCCUCAAACGAGUCAACAUUUAGCUGAACUUGAGAAAUUUGAUGAGUUUAGUUUAGUCACUGCUAAUAAGGAUGAAAUGUUAGAGGCUUUUGAGGUGCUUCAUAGACAAUUUGAUUCUGAGGAUCAGGGGAGAGAUCCGUUCAGUCCAGACCAAAAGGAGCGAAAGUCUAUAUUAGACGACAGCGGAUCACCGACCGGCGCUUGUCUUUUACCAUCGCCCUUGUUACCACAGACUAGUAAACAGUAAGAUAUCGACCUUACUACCACAGACUAGUAAACAGCAAGUUAUACAAGCGUUACGAACGUAUAAAAUAGAAAAGAAAAAAAAUAACUUCAAAAUUCUUGUUUGAUGUUACAAACAGUUUCAAUAAAGUUCAUAUGUUGAAAGAAAGAGUUCGGACUUUAUCGAAUGGCAUUGUAAAUUUGAUGUGGCGUGUUGACUUUUGAUAACACUUCUUUAAUUGUUUACGUGUCUUACUAAAAAAUUAUCAUUAUCAAUACGUACACUUGUAAAAAAAAAAUAUAUAGCGCUAAUUUAACAUUAAAAAUAAAACAAAAUUUAAUUUAUACUGAUUAAAUGUCAAAUUAAAAACUCUGUGCAAUUUUACUUGAAAGUUCUGUCAAUAAUAGCGCUGUAUGGUAGAAGUUCGGGCGAAUUUCAACUUUAAAAUGAGCUAUGCAACGUGUAAAUGAAAACCGAAAUAAUACUUCACAGGUACAUUAUGUACUGUCUCUGUGACUUAUCUGUGAAACCGAAACCAUUGCCAAAGUUUUUACU